UGACUAUAAAUAUCGAGCGAUGGAGCAACAGGCAAAAGCACCGAAGGACGUACGCAAUGUCGUCAACUUCUUGCGGAGUAGCAAGGCGGGCAUGAAGACACGCGUUGGCGUGCUGAAUGGUAAACGAGUGGAUUAUUUCAAAGGGAAAGCGGCUGUAAAGGCUGUAUUAUCACCAGCUUAUGCUAAGCUCAAGAACGUACCGAAAGUCACAAACGAAACUGAAGCCACAAACCUCCUCAACUCAAUCAUCCCUUAUGCUUUCUACCUUCGUGUGGAUCGCGGGCAACCGGGGGCGCAGGGCGGAGGGGGAGGUGGAAAUCCAAAACACCUCACUCUCAACCCCAUGCAAAUGUUCCGCGCCGAAGACCUCUAUGCAUGGUUCUACGAAGGUCCAAUGUUAACUACGUAUCUCGGUGGGCUUGCAAUGGUGGCAGUCCUCCUUGCCGGUGUCAUGUUCCCGCUCUGGCCGCCUAUCCUGAGACUGGGCGUGUGGUACAUUAGUAUUGGUGUUUUGGGACUUAUUGGGGUGUUCAUCGCUAUUGCGAUCUUACGGCUUAUUUUCUACAUCAUUACUGUUGUUGUUACACCGCCUGGGAUAUGGGUAUUCCCCAAGUUAUUCGCGGACGUUGGUGUUAUCGAAUCAUUCAUUCCGUUUUACGAAUGGGACUUACCCAAGAAAAAGAAAUCACGCAAGCAUCGCGAGGAGGAAUCCGCGAAGAAGAAAGGUAAAGGAAAAGCGGGUGGGGAUUCAGGUGCAAGCACGCCUGCACCCCAAUCGCAAAAUGGUGAAGGUGGCGCAUAUAUUGAGGAAGUUGAAACAUCGGGCGAGUCACGGCCUGUAAGCCGCACGGCACGGGUGGAGGACGCUCCUGAGGAAGAUGAUUAGGUUUCUUUCUCUGACCCGACUCUCACUUGUAUCUACCGCUUCAUGGAAUAUUCAUCUUCGUUUUUCGGUACAAUAUUAAUCAGAUGGGAUAUUUCGGUGGUUUCCCUCGUUCUCUCUAUUUGCAUUUGAUAUGCUUGGUCACAAUAGUAUCCCCUCCGCAUAAUAA